GAAGAGGCAGACAAAAGAGGGAAAAUAAAAGAAAAAACUUCAGUCUAACCUUCUCUCUUCCUCUCCCCAGCCUUCUCUCUCUGUAUCUCUUUGGAAAGGGGGAAAUCUCCUUGGAUUCUUCUCCGCAGCUCAUCGUUGACUCAUCGAGUUGGGUGGCCGUUCCAUUGCUUCUCAAACUAUUACCUUGGUUAUUGUGUGCUGCUUCCAGAAAUAAUGUUUCCGCAAAUGGAUAUAACAACAAUGGACCCUGGAACUCUCACUCUGAUAGUGGCAGCAUUCUGUGUGAUGCUGUCUAUGCAUUUUACAGUACAGUUGCUGUCCCAACAUCUUUUCUAUUGGAAAAAUCCAAAGGAACAGAAAGCUAUAAUAAUCAUCAUCCUGAUGGCUCCCUUGUACGCAAUUGACUCCUUUUUUGGUCUGCUAGAUAUUCAGGGCAGUAAAGCCUUCUUUAUGAUUUUGGACUCUGUUAAAGAAUGUUAUGAGGCAUUGGUGAUUGCUAAGUUCAUGGCUUUGAUGUAUAGUUACUUGAAUAUAUCUAUCAGUAAGAAUAUAGUGCCUGAUGAAAUCAAAGGAAGGGUGAUUCAUCAUUCUUUUCCUGUGUCUCUUUUUCUGCCUCACACUGUCCGAUUGGAGCAUCAUACAUUGAAACUUCUUAAGUACUGGACAUGGCAGUUUGUGGUAAUUCGACCAGUCUGCUCUAUCCUAAUGAUAGCCCUUCAACUUCUUGGUCUGUACAGCAACUGGGUCAGCUGGACUUUCACCAUCAUAUUGAACAUAUCCGUUUCUAUGGCCUUAUAUGCCUUGGUGAUCUUCUACCAUGUGUUUGCAAAGGAGCUGGCACCACACAAGCCUCUAGCAAAGUUCAUGUGCAUCAAAGGGAUUGUCUUCUUUUGCUUCUGGCAGGGGGUUGCGCUUGAUGUCCUAGCUGCUGCCGGAGUUAUAAAAUCACAUCAUUUCUGGCUGGACGUAGAGCAUAUUCAGGAAGCCAUUCAAAAUGUCUUGGUAAUUCUAGAAAUGGUUGUCUUUUCUGUCAUCCAGCAGUAUGCUUACCAUGUUGCCCCAUAUAGUGGAGCUGAUGCAGUGAAGAUGAAAUACGACAAGAAGAAUGAAUGAUAGUCAAUCUGAAACCAAGAGUAUCGUGGUGGAUGUCAUAAGCCACUUUGCUUCUUCUCUAUAUGGCCAUACCUGUUUUUGGAGAUACAGUAAAAAUUCUAAUGUGGAUGAGAUAAAACCACUAGAACGUGAUGAUAUUAAUUGCUUCCUGAAUAUUAUGAGAGAUAUUGUGUUGAAAAUUUAAGUGCAUUUCUGUGGUCUUCAUAUGAUUGAGAA